AUGGAGGAAAAGGAAGGGAGUGAAGAUGUAAGUAAUAGCCUUGACAAACAAGAACAAGAUGAUGAUGACGAGGCGGGAAUCCCAAGUGCGCGGCACUUAGACAUGGAUUCCGUUAUUUGCAUUGAUGUACUGAUGCUUGCCGCUCUACAAAGUCGAACUGCAUUGCGUUGUUGUCUCUUACAGCGAGAACCUGUUUCACUUACCUGCGUGGAACACUGGCUACGCAUGGACCUUUGUGCCGCAAUGCCAAUUUUCACUACAAUUUGCCGUACGAUGUUAUCUGUCCAUGCAACGGGAGGCGCACGUCUGCCGUAUGAACUACCCAGUACCGCGAUGGACUUUAACCUUUUCUUCGCUGCAUCAUACAUCAACCACCGUCUUUCUACCUACCCCCGGAUGCAAAUGAAUGCCUUACAAGUGGAUCAACGUGAAACCCAUGACAAGGAAUGUAUUUCCUUUGCGGGAGAGCGGAGAUGCAUUGAAACCAUGGAGGCAUUGCUGAAGGUGCGCGUGUUUCCGGCUAAGCGCAUCCUUGUACAGCACUUGAGCUCUGUAGUUGGAAUCCGACUCCUGUUGUGGCUUCUUAUGAAGAUACCAAAGCGACUUCUUCAUUCGUGGGCAUCUGGUUCUGCCGACGAAGAUGCUGUAUUGGGCAGCCACCUCAAUCUUGCUAGGAAAGGGGGACUUGAUGCGAAGUAUUACGAUCAUGACGAAGAAGAAAAUGAAGAGGAGGAAGAAGAGGAAGAGGAAGAGGAAGAGGGAGGAGUUUCAAGGCAAAAGGCUUCCAGUGAUGCUGCCGCAAUUAUUGCGUUUUUACGGCGCACACAGCUGGGGGAUGGAUCCAGAUUUGUUAUUGCUCCUUUUCUACUAGCAGUUGUGAUCGAAAUACGCCGCCGCAUUCAACGUGAUUCAAAAGGGAAUGAACCAUCCAGGUUUACACUCAUGGAGUGUCUUGGGCGUGCCUUGCUGCAGCGUGUGGAAGAUGGUAGGCCUAGAAAAGAUCCGCUGGUGGUGUCAUCCUUCUCACUUCUCCCAGAAACAAGCGCAGAGACUGGUGAAGCAUUGCCAACGCGACCUCGGAUGCAGCAUCUGUACCAAAGUGAUCUUGUCAUGCUUCUACUUGUCUUAACGAGCACACAGUCGAAGCGCCACUUGCCCCCUCUUGGGAAGGGGGACAAAAAAGGGUCUGUAGUGAUUCGAUCAUGCGUGCAGCUGCCCUUUGGUGCCUUUGAUGGGCAUUAUGAACUCUUUGAAUAUCUACUGCGGAAAAAAGCGGAAAGAGUUCGCACCUCAACCGAAACGUUGAAGUCCGGUUAUUUUUGUCUGUUGUAUCUUUGUUUGCUGCGGUUCAAGCAGCUCUCCUCUCUGAAUCUCCUUCUCUCCAUGACCCCACUAUUCGCCGUAUUGGGGCCACACGAUCGCGCUCCCUUUGCUGACCUUGUGCAGGCCUGGAUGCUUGAUCGUGACUUGACGACAGGGCAUCACCUUGACUUGUUUCUUGACACCUUCUGGAACGAACUUUAUUACCGCUCUCUUGAGAGCCAAUUUGAUUCGGAUACAAUCGCCAAGGGGCAAGCAUUGCUUCUGUUCGAUAAAAUGAUGGAACGACGCAAGGCAUACAUCUGCACACUGCAUCAAAUGUGUUCUUCAGUGCGUUUCCCGUCCCGAAUCUCUUCUGACGCAAGUCAAUCGCGGAAGUCGGUCGUGGAAGGUGUGUUUCCUUUUUCCCCGCAGGGGGCGGAUUUGCCCAACACGUGGCCAUCUUCCCGCAUAAAGCGUGGAAGUUUGGCAGUAUACGAGCACAGUGAGGAGUCUUUGCAAGCGGAAGAGCAAGUGCGGAUGGCAUUUGAGUCUCUCUCGGUGGCAUCACGUACAUAUCUCAGCCCUGAAACACUCUAUACCAUCCUUUUCGAUGAACCUGUUCACAACAUAGGUCUUGUGCGUUACUUGAUGAUCCGCUGUCGUGUCGUAACAGUCUGUGCAAAUCCGCUAAAGGAAGUUCAAGUGCCAGCGAUGGAGUAUGCCCUGCGCUCAGGCAACGAAGGUGUCAUCAGGGUACUGCUUGGGAUCGGGGCUACACUUUACGAUUAUCUCGAUGGUGGAACUGUGGAGCAGGACGUGUUCUUGUACGAGGCAGCUUCAGAAAAAGAAGUAGCUUCACUGCUUGACAUGUGGAAGAAACGAGAGGAGCAGCGACAAGUAGACCCGUUGGUCUGCUACGGGAUUUUACGUACGGUGCGAAGCGCUGAUUAA